GCUGCACCCACAGCAGUGGGUACUUAGUGUAGAGAGCAGAAACCAGGGAGCCAUAUUUAACAAACUGCAACAGCCGCAUGAUGAGUGCUGCUCAGAGUCCAACAACACUGGAGUCCAAACUGGAGGCCCUGGAGUGCCACUUCACCUGGGAUCUGGAUCCAAGCAGGUCUAAACUUCUCCGCCUCAGGGACAAGCUGGAGGACAUCGGCACUGAGGAGGGAUACAGCUGGCUGGGUCACAUUUACAACCUGCAGGGGUUCAUCCACUACCAACUGGGGCUCAGCAAUGAUGCCCAGCGUUUCUUCAGUAGGGCUGCAGAGGCCUUCCGCCAGAUCAGGAACACGGUCUCAGAUGAGGGUCCCUGGUUGGUGGUGAACCAUGGGAACCUGGCUUGGCUGCACUACUACAGAGGUGAACGCGCAGAGAGUCAAGCUUACCUGUCAAAGGUCGACGCCCUGAUGAAUGAAUACCCAUCUCCAUCCCAGGAAGAACUCCAUCCAGAGAUCUGUGCUGAAAAAGCCUGGACCCUGAUGAAGUUCACAGACAAAAAGCUGCUGGCUUCAAAUUACUUUCAGAGAGCCAUCAGGAUGCAACCGGAUUUGGUGGAGUGGCACACCAGUCAUGUUAUUGGGUUAGAAAACGCUCUUCGGCACAGCGACAAAAAGCUGGGGACUGACAUCUUGGAGAAAAUGAAAAUCGCUAAGGAACAUGAUCCAGAGAACAUGUACCUUGCUGCUUUGUACCUUGAGCAAUGUGCUAAAAAAAGGAAAAAAAUUGAAAAUGAUGCUCGUGAGUUGGCCAGAAGGGUUUUAAGAAAGCCCAUCAGCAGCUACAGUGGCCUCAAACCACUACUGAGGCUCUACAGAAUCCACAUAUCUAGUGAUGAGGCCAUUGACUUGGCAGAGGAGAUUCUGGGAAGACAUCCAGAUGAGCGUUAUCUGAAGAGGUGUGCUGCAAUCUGUUACAAGAAGAAGAUCUUCUUACACAGGAACAGUCCCCUGGAGCACAGCAUGAUCAACAGAGCGAUCAGUCUCUAUCGUGAAGUGAUCUCUCUUUACCCUCUUUCUUCACUCAAGAGAAAAAUAUCUCUCGCAAACAUAUACGCACACUCCAACCAACAAGAUAAAGCCGACCAGAUAUACAAGGAACUGCUGGAAAGUGAUCUGGAUGUUGAAGGGGAGCAGAUACUUUACAACCAGUAUGCUAAAUAUUUGCACUCCAUUCGAAAGGAGAGCUACAAGUCAAUAGAAUAUCACAUGAGGGCAGCAGCUAUACCGCAACAAUCUUCCUAUCAUAGAAACAGCAUAUGGACUCUGGAGAGGAUUAGAGAAAGAAACAGGAAUCGAAUGUGUGGGGAGAUAGAGGAGUUUCUGAAUGAGCUAAGCCUGAAAUAAAGAGGGAACAUUUACUGCACUGUCCAACAGAGUCUAAAUCCAGAGAAAUAAUUAUUAAUAACCUUCUUUGUAGGUUCAUCAUUACAGUAGAGACUCCUUUCACAAUAUGAUGCUGUUUUUACAAUAAUUUGAUCCAUUGUUAUCUUAAAAAUAUUGAUUAUGGCAUCUUAAAAGGUGGAUACUCAGGUCAUUUGAAAUCUUUAAGCCAAAGUGGACACGUGUCCAAGGCCAUCACAAGAAAAGGGAUGGACGGAAAAUCCAAAAACAUAUUGUGCACAGCCACAGCUAUCAAUAGUGUGGAGGGGGAAAAAAUUGUGGAAUCCAAGAAAGUAGCCAAACACAGCAGAUGUUGUUUUGUCCCCUUUUUUAUUAAAAGGUUCUUUUCUUUUACCCCAAAACAUUUUUAAUAAAGAGAACAUGCAUAAAAAUACAGCUGGUCUUUGUCCAACAACAACAACUUGCACUGAUGUCCACACUCCCUUAAAUAUGUACAUACAUGAGACGUGGUUCCUAAAACCGCACACGCACUAAGAAAGACACUACAGUAAGUUUGAUCUUUGACCUGUUGGGAUUGACAAAAAAAAAUCUUGAUUGUUUUACACCUGAUUUGACAACAUAUAAGUUGUUCACUUUGGUUGAUGUUAUUGCUUAAUAAAUAUAACAUUACAGUGCUCUUUUAUGCUGUUUCUUUGCCUUUUUUCCCCCUACAUUGUAUAUAAAACUCUGAUUUAUGUUAAGCCAAAAAUGACUGGGUCAGUAAAACUGUUUCAAAUUGAUUGUCACCAAACUGCAUGUAUUCAACCAAAAUUAAGUUUGUUUAAAUCAAUUCUGCUUCAGAACCAAAAGAAAUGACAUGGCACUUCAAUAUCCAGGCUGAAAACAUCAACAAAAAGCAACCACAAAUGCUAUUAUUGCACAGUAACCCAAAAAUUGCAUAUUUCAGUAAAAGUAUCCAGGGGGCAGUAAAGCCACAGUUCAUGCACAAAAAGAAACAACCUAUUAUACAGAAAAAUCAAGAAAAACUGAAACCAAGAUGUAAAAUUUGGAGUAGCCAGUGUCAAACGCCAAAUUACAGAACAAAAUUGCUUGCACAGUGAGCGUCACAAAUCCUGCAGAAGUUUUGAAGAAGAUAUCCUUACAUACAGAUGUUUCUCCACACACGAUUGUCAUGUUAAGGGGAAUUUAAACAUAAAGACAUUCAUAAAUUUAGCAAAAAAUAAAAACACCUAAAAGAUAUAUAUUUAAAAAAGGAAAAAAAAAGUGGUCCAUUUUUUCUGUUUACAAAAAUGAAAUCUUUCUUGGACCAUGCACUAUAAAAUUUAUUUCUUUUAUCGGAAAAAUUACUGAAGGCAUCACACAAACUGCUGAGCAGCUCCAUGAGUGCAGUUUGUAACAUAUGCUUGUUUUUAUGAACACUGGUGCACAUCACAUCAGCUUCAUCAGAAGGCCCUCUAACACUGCAAGUUAGUGUUUCAGCAGGAAAAAAUUGGGUUGGACCCAUAUUUUAAUUUUAACAUUUUAAGAGAACUGACUCCAUAUUUAACAGUAAUACUUUGGAGUUUGUGGAUGAUGAGCAAAAAUUCUUAAAUUGGUGUUCUUUCUGUGAGUAAAUGCAAGAGAACAUCAUCUACCAGCUACUGGAACAAUCUUCCUAAUGGUAGCUCGAUAGUAUUUUCCAUGUUUUCAGUAGUUGGCCAUUUUUAUGACAAUUUUUGCACAAUUAGGACAAAACAAAGAAAUAUCUACUGUACCACCAGAGAGUAUGGCUUUGUUUCCACGAGCUGCUUAAACCACAUGCAUCUAUUCUACACGCUGACUACAAACAUGAGCCUCAACAGAGGCUGAGAGGAAGCACUUUGCAGUUUGGUUUUGGCUUUUUCAAAGCCCCUUUCCUGCUGGCAUCACGUGGAUUUUUGUUUCUUGAAUCCCUGCUUAAGUACGGGGCUGAAGUCGGCUUCAGAUUGGGAGCUCAUGAUUUACGAGUUAAGGGAGAUCAUUUCCUCUUUUGUCGUUGUUAUGAUUGUCAAACACAGACCCAAUCCCAAUUUUCACCCUUGGCCUUACGCCUAGUUUUGGAGUGCCCUCCACUGAGUGGUGGUCCUUUAAAACAGCCGAGGGAUUGGGCUUAACCUUAACCUUAACCUAGGAAAUGGGAUGCCAUUCGUUAUGCCAUUAGUAAUGACGCAAUGACGUAUAUGUAAGUUAGCAGUUAGCUAAAAGUAACUAGUAGUAGUAACUGAAACAGUUAAAAUAGCAUUAGUUA